UUUGAAUAUGAUACUGAUGAUAGUAAAUGAUGUGUUAUGAAAUCUUCAGACUAACCAUUGAUGUUGGUCACAAUUUCGACAGAUUGAGCAUGAAAUGGAACUCCCAUGGCUCGCUCGAAUGGACCAUCUUGAGCAUCGCAUGUAUAUAGAGAGAAGUAAAGGUUAUAUGACGUGGAUCGGAAAGACCAACACUUGCAGGCUUUCAUGUUCCUCGUUCGUCAUCAAACUAGCAAUUAAAAGCUUCUUAAACCGCCAAUCACUUUACAAAAAUGAACUUGAGGAACUCAAGAGGUGGUCCGAAGGAUCAGGGCUGUCCAAAAUGGGAUUUGGCCGAGAGAAGACAACAUAUUGUUACUUUCUAGCCGCCGUUCCGACAUGUCUUCCUCUACAUUCGGAUCUACGGAAGAUAGUUGCAAAGUGUGCAAUCAUAGUCAUCAUUGCAGAUGAUUUCUUCGAUGAGAAAGGUUCUCUAAAUGAACUAGAAUGCCUAACUGAAGCUGUGCAUAGGUGGAAAGGAGAAAGCUUGUGGGGCGAUGCGAAAGUAAUUUUUGAUGCACUCGACGAACUUGUACGUGAUAUAGCUGUCAAAUCAUUUAGUCAGUAUGAUAAUGGUGUGGAAGAUGUUCUUCAUGACAUGUGGCGUGAUGUGUUCGCCUCAUGGCUGAAGGAAUUCAAGUGGAGUAGUAGUCAACAUGCACCUUCAAUUGAUGAAUACAUUGAAGUCGCCAUGACAUCUAUAGCCAUACAAGUAAUAACUCUUCCUGCAUAUUGCUUGGCUUGUUCAGGAGCUCCAAAGGACAACAUAAAAUCCCAUUACAGCAAAAUAACUAAGUUGGCAAUGUUCUGUGCUCGUUUAUUGAAUGACAGCCAGAGUUACCAGCGAGAAUUGGAGAAUGGGAAGUUUAACAUGGUACCACUGUAUAUGAAGGAGAAUGCAGAUGCAAGUAUCGAAGAUUCAAUUGACCACAUAAGGGACAUUCUUGAGAAGAAAGGGAAGGAAUUUGUUGAGCUUCUCUUCGGUGAUGAAUAUAAUAGUGUUCCAAAAUUAUGGAAAGAGCUACACUUGACAACUCUGAAAGCAUUUUGGAUGCUCUAUGAUACGACUAAUAAAUUUGACUCGCCUACGGCAUUGCUUCAAAACAUUAACAUGGCAUUUUAUGAUGCUUUGGAGAUUAAUGUUUAGACAACUCUAUCAUUAUAGCUAAAACCUUUUUUUUUUUGUAAGAGAAGAUUGUAUUGAUCGAGCAAUGUCUUGUUGAUGAAAUAUGAAGAUCAAUACAAGGGAGUAGAUUCAAUGGACCUCUUUGUUUUAAGUGCAAUGACAUGCAAUCAAAUAGCUAUUAAAUU